CACAGAAAAAAGCUAAAAGUGAAAGGCCAACUAAACAGUGAACUUUUUCCGACUCUGAAAUUAAGCAUCAACCCCAAGAACCCCAGAAUGCCCCCGAAACGCAGAAACAAACCCGACCCGCAUUUCGACACCCGAUCCCCCGGCAAGAAACGGGCAGCUCCUCUGGAAGAAAAUGGAGGAGAGAAAGUGCCGAUUGUAACUCAAGAGAACUUUACCAAGGGAACACCGGUUGAGGUUUGCAGUGACGAAGAUGGUUUCCACGGUGCUUGGUUUGCUGCAACCAUAGUGGAAGCAGUGGGCAGUGACAAGUUCCUUAUCGAGUACCAGAGCCUGAGGACAGAAGAUGAUUCGGCAUUUCUGAGAGAAGAGAUUGAUACCCUGCACUUACGACCUAAUCCGCCAGAAAAUGCUGUUGAGCAUUUCAGUUUGCUUCAAGAGGUUGAUGCUUUGUACAAUGAUGGCUGGUGGGUGGGUAUGAUCUCAAAAGUUCUUAGCGGCUCAAGGUACAUAGUCUACUUCAGGAGCACUUAUGAAGAAAUUGAAUUUCAACAAUCUGAGUUGAGGCUUCAUCAGGACUGGAUUGGUGGCAAAUGGGUUAUGCCUUCGCGGGCUUUAAAGUUGUGAUUAGUAAUGACUAAUCACUGAUUACGGGUGAAAAACGAAUGAUUUCCUAAGACUACUUGGAGAAUCAGCUACGAAAUGAUAGAGGGAGUUCACCUUGACCGGUUAUAUAUGGUAGUGGAGGUUAAGUUUCUGUCUUAUGCCUAAACAUUAGUAUUAUCUAGUGAUGAAUUAGCCUAAAAAAUCACUUAAAACUUGGCCAGCUAAUCUAAAAAACCUUGAACUUGUAGCUGGAGAUGUAAUUCUUAUUUUUACCGGCUAUCGGAAUUUGGUAGACUGUAAUUUCCAUUUACUGGAUCAUUUGUUCUAGCUUUCUUUCUGCAUAUGAGAAGGGCUUGCUGUUGCCUCCUUGUCUUUCACUUUGUGGCAAGUGUUGACUGUUCAGUUGGUUAGAACUUGAAAACUUUUCUUUUA